CCCAUCUUAAUUGUGGAUCCAAUCGAAGCUCGUGUGUAUGAAUACUCCAGUGAUGCGUCAGAUGAUUUGCUUACUCAUCUGGAUCACUCUCUCAUGGGUUACGUCCGUCGUUCACCAACAUACUAUAAGGAUUUUCGUACUUUUGGUUCGAAAAAUGACUUCUGGGUCUCGCUGGAUCUACGAACAGGGGCUUUAAUUCAAGCGGCUGAUCAAACUUCCGUGGAUCAAUGCCCGGGUCAGAUUUAUCCCUCUGCUGGGAUAUCCGAAACUUCCCCAUUGCCAUCAACAGACGCCGUGCUUGGCCUAGGAAGGACUCAGUAUAAUCUGUUGUUCCGCGACCCUGCAACAGGAACACCCAGGCGAGUUCGAUUAUUGAACAUUACGUACAAUACAUUUGCGUCACACGCAGAUACCGAGUCGCAGAACUUCGACAUUCAACAUCUGGCCACCACUCAGCCUAGCCUCUUAACCUUUGAAGGCCGAAAAAUACUCUGGAGUUUGCCACUGUCCUCGCCGGUAGUUGGCCUUUACACUGUCCGGACACCCACGACGAGUGUUCAGAAAUGCAGAUCUAUUCGUCGAGUUCAAACUCCGAAACCCGACGAGAACACAGGAUCCACUUAUGUCAAUGAUUCUUCAUCAGCGAAUACUGACUCGACACAUUCAACAUCACAGUUUCAUCCAUUGCGGCCCUCAGGCGGAAACAGUGAGGGUUCCGAAAACCAGGCUUUCGCGGAUUGCGAUUCAUCAGAGCCUGACUUAUCCCCUCUGGCAACACCGCAUAUCCUCAAGCGGAUUGCCUUUACUACCUACGUUCUUGAUGUUCCACCUGGUUUUCUCAUGCACUCGGAACUUCUGCAGAGUUACCUACAGGCAAAGUUCAACGGCAGUUUGGACCUUGCGCUCUCCUUGAUGGUGGACAAGUCAGAAUAUGCUCCAUUGUAUGCCAUGCCAUGUGUGGCUGAGUCUAGUAUACCGUUACGCGGAAUUCGUCGAACGCCGAAUCGGUUCCUCUUGGAAGGCCCUGAGAGGACAAGUGACUUUCCAGCUAACCCCUACACUAACUGGGACAACUGGUCCCAGGGCGUGCGCGGCUUGUACGAGCUCCCUCCAACUCAACUCAGCAGAUGGUCUUUAAGGAAUGAGAUUCCACUUUGGGCUCGACUGCCGCGUGUGCGACAGAUUACGGAUGAAAACACCGGAUGGAACAUCAUCAUUCCUCCGCCGGUUAUUGUUGAUGGUCCCGCAGGAAAACGUGAUCGAGUGAAGCUUGUGACCAUCUCAGAUAAUCCGGUUCAGGAGAUUGACUCAACACCAGGUUUCUUGAAACGCUCUACUCUACUUCCACUGGGUUCUAUCUUGUUGGUGUGCUUUUUGAUAUGGAUUUUCAAGCCGUCCCUGCGGAGGAAGCUUACGGCUGAUCCCCACUUUUUGCCACCUACUUUUGACCUGCCCUCGUGUGAUGGCUGGGCGGGAUGUACUGCUGAUGAGGCCGGCCAACCAGAAGAUAUUCGAUUCAAUGUGCAACACGUGCUGGGGCAUGGUGCCAAUGGGACCAUGGUAUUCGCUGGUACUUUCGGUAAACACGAGACAGCCGUGAAAAGAAUUGUUCGUCAACCGCAUUUGGAGAAACACUGGCGACGUGAGCAUGCAAUUCUACUACAUCAUCAUCACCCGAAUUUGGUCCGAUGUUUUUGGACGGGAAGCACGGCUAACUUUCACUAUUUGGUUAUGCAACGUUGCGCGGCCAGUCUUACUGACCUGUUACGAGAUGAGUCAGGUGAUGGCUUUGCUAAAUGGGGACUGGUUCCCACACAAGUCGUCCAUCAAAUUAUCCUUGGUGUGGCGUCGCUGCAUCAAAAUGGGAUCGUACACCGCGAUCUGAAACCAAGCAACAUAUUGAUCACUACCUGUGGUAACGAUGUCUGCGUUGUUGUUGGUGACUUUGGGCUUUCUCGACCGUUGAAUAUCAAUCGUCAUGAACUGACUAAUUCGUUUGGAUUAAAUUUACUGAUCGGAGAACAAACCCUGGUGAGGCAUGGAAGUACUGUCACGUAUGCCAACGGUCACGUACGUCACCGCAUAUUAGACGAUCUGGCAACUUCAGAUCAAACAAGUGUCGGUGUAGCCUAUGGUACGCUUGGUUGGAUGGCACCAGAAUUAUGUGACCCAGACUCUGGCCUCCUGACCUAUGCGGUGGAUAUUUUCUCUUGUGGACUGUUAGCUUACCACAUAUUAACCUACGGAGGCCACGCAUUCGACAACUCUGGUGGAACUCUUGCGGAACGACCUUCUACCGGCUCCAAAGGAAAUAAUUCUACCAGUUCUAGUGGUAAUUUGGCGCAGUCUUUGACGACCUCAUUGUCUCCUAAUGGUCCCGAGGGGUGCGAUGGAUUGUCGUACCAAACUGCAGCUCGUUUGAAUCGUCAUCAUGCUAGACAGUUAGCUAUUGCGGAAAAUCGUCCGCCAACUCUGGAUCGUCUCACGGAAGACUGUUCAAAUAUCUCAACAGGUUUUCUCAGUCGACAUCUGAUUCAAAUGAUGUUAUCGCAUGAUCCUGAAAGAAGACCUACCGCCGGAGAGGUUGUCGCUCAUCCGUUGUUUUGGUCCUCGGCGAAGAUCAUGCACUUCAUUUCUGAGCUUUCUGAUAUUUUGGAUACAAGAGAAGACUUACUGCGAGAGGCCAGAGGAAAUGGAUCUGGAAAUAACCUCGUGGAUACCAAUCCGGUGUGUGCCAUGUUAGUGCCAGAUGUCGACCACUUUUUGCCGCAACGUAUCAGUCUUCUCGAUGACAUUGAAUACUCAUCUCCCUGGGUUUUCAACGAGCACUGGUUCUACCGAUUGGAGUCAGAAGUUGUGUAUGACUUACUCACUACACGUGGCUACCAGGACACUUCUCUCAUGGACUUGCUCCGUGCCAUUCGCAACAAACGCAACCAUAUCUGGCACCUUCGAGAACAUAUUCGCGAUCUUUUAGGCCGCACGCAAGAUGGGAUGGCUCGGUACUGGACCUCGCGGUUUCCUUCACUGCUUCCAUUGUUGUAUAGCCUCAGUCGCUGUCACCUAACCGGAUGUAGCGCAUUGAGCGAAUACUUGCCUCCCCCCGGCGUGGGUCGUAUUCCUGAACUUUCUGACGUACUCUGUGAUUGGUGGCGAACGCCUCCAUGUGGAAAGAACCCAGAGAAGACGGACAGCAACAUCGAACUACUGUCAACGGUAGACGAAGAUGGCCUGGCGAAGCAAACAUUCAACCCCGAACAGUUGGUUCGGCGCCGUCAACUGACUGGUCGACCGUGGAGACGGGGCGAGGUGCUGCUUCCCAGCACUCCUGAACAGCCCAAUGCUCAGCAAACGACGUACUCCCCACCGGACGUCCCUGAGAAAGAACUGGAGUCCUCUGCGACUUUGAUGGAUGAAAAAAGCAUUUCUGAUGUGUCAGGUGCCUUUACAAUUGUUUGCACUUCUCGCCCACGCAAACGUCCCAACCAUCCGAAAAAGGUGCGUCCAUCCAAGAAAAAAGCCGAUCGAACACAUCAGCUAACCACGGCUGGGUGUGAACUACCAUUGCAUGCAGCAUCAUAGCACGUUUACUCAUGAGGCUUCGCAUUCAGGCGGUUUGUAGGUGUGCGCUAACACAUUUGUAUUCAUCCCGUGCAGAACCACACUCCACGACAUAUACACCUUAUAACCCGUGUUCUCACGUUGGCUGUGUUCAUUUUUACAUUAUCGAUUUCGGUGUUCAUUUUGAGUACCUCCUUCUCUUUGUUUAUGUGCAAUCGAAAAAUGUUCAUCGUCGUAGAUAAUUG